CAAACUUUGACUUCCAAAGAAAAGUAAAAUACUGUUCAGUCAAGAAAGUGGCAUUUUGAAGGAUGGACUACGUGGACAUUGAAUCCUUUCGUUCGAAAUACAGCGACAUAACAGUCACUGCUGUUCCCACACGCCCUAAGCGUGAGGAGGAACCACCCAUUGAACCGGAGCCCAAGGUGACGGUAACUGAGCAACAGGAGCCUAGGGUGGAGAUCACUCGGGUGUCGGGUGCACAAGGUAGUAGCUCCACUGGUACUCCACCCACUUCCACUGCCAUGAUGCAGCGUAUCAAACAGCAGAACGCAGCUGCUCUGGCUUAUGCCAACGAGUACAAGGAGGUGUUGGCCAAGCUGGAGUACACCAGGUACAUGCAGGCCAAAAUCCAGCUGAUGACAAUGGCCAGUGCGGUGGGAAACGGAGCAGGAGCGGGUGUAGACGGAUCUCCUUACGGACUGAUGCCCUCGGCUAUAACUGUAGAUCCCAAUGCCAAUAUAGAGGACAAGUACUCCGAGUUGCUGCACCUGCUUGGCGAGAUGAAACCCAAUUUGGCGCCCACUAUGAUGGGUAUCCGUGCGCCAAAGGACCGCCUCCAGCGAGACAUAGCCCAUGCCAGGGUUAUAGUGCGCGAGUGCCUCUUGAUCCUGGAGCGCGAUGAGCAGCAGGAGCUGACAGUAGAGCCUCCGUCCCUUUCGGUAGAUGCCCCCACUAGCGAAUAAGACUACUAACGUCAAACUAUAAAAAAUAAAAACAAGAACCGAGUUCUGGGAACCCUCUUGUUUUGGUAGUAUUACAUUUUAUGUUGGAAGGUGGUUGGAUAGAAUAGAAUGGAUCCGGCAUUUUGACACCAGCGAGCAGCGGAGCGCGAAACUUGUCCA